AGGAGGAGGAGGAGGUGGAAGGAAAGGGGCGGCGUAGGGGUUGAUAGAGGGAGGAGGAAAGGGAAUGGGAAAACGCAUACAGGGCUGUUCAGAGUAACAUGGAGCGCAUCGCGGGCGCAGCGAGAGAGGAUAUUGACAUUUUCGGUCGAGGGGCGCGCAUUCGUAGAAGAAGGGGUAGUGGGUAACGGGGCAGUCGCCUCUUUUACCCGAUCCUGCAGUAUCCAUGGCUACGUCGUCCGCGAGGAUUUCGCGCGAAAUACCGGGAAUAUCGGGCGCAUAAUCAUCAAUUUUAAAUAUAUUUAACGGUGAAAUUGUCAAGUGUUUUGGAUCCUUGGUGUACCGGAGGUUCGCUUGGAGUAUUCGCUUUAUCGUUUGACAGGUGAUCGCCUCGCGAAUCAUUUGAUUUCGGGAAAGGCGAUCAUGUCAGGGACAAGCUGAUGAACUUUCGAACACCUGCAAUGAUGUGACAAUAAAGAUAUCUUCUCCUACGUCCUUUCUCAUAUCUCGGGGUAUUGUCCCUGUUAUACAGUGCUUCCCAGAAUAGAACGAGAGAAUGAAAUAAAAAAAUAAUAAUCAUCGGUUUAAUAGUAAUCGGUGGUAAAAAGAAAAAAAAAAACAAAAAAUAAAAAAAAAGAAAAUACAAAAAAAGGAAAAAAACGGUGCCAAACGUCGAUAGACAAGCCAAUCAAAAAAAGCAUCUCUUGAUAUUUCGAUAAACAUCGACUAAAUUAAAAGGCAAAGCAAAAAAAAAAAAAAAAAAAAAAGGAAAAGAAGAAAAAGAAAAACAGAAAAAGAAAGACCGUUGAUUGAAAGAAAAAAAAAAAAAAAAAAAGAAAAACGCACAGAACAGAACGAUUAACCAUUAAACGUUGUUACAUUUCAACGAAGAAGAGACAAAAACGGAAAGCACAAAAAUAAAAGAGGGAGAGAGAGAGAGAGAGAGAUAAAAAGAAAUAGGGACAUUCGUUGAAAAAAGAAGAAGGUGAAUCGGUUGAAUCGAAAGGUGGCGCGAAGAAAGAAAGGAAGAAGGAUCACACAAGGUGGUAUAAGAGAAUAACGAGAAUAGAAUGGGCAAUAAGUUGUCUUGCAGUUGUGCUCCUCUUAUCAGAAAGGCUUAUCGUUACGAGGAUUCACCAUGGCAGGCUGGCGCGAGGGGCGGAAUGGGCGGCAGCGGAGCACGAAGGGGUGACACUGGCCACUUGCUCAGGUGCGGAAGCUUAAGAGAAAGGAAGAGACUGUGGGCCGAAGUGUUCCAUGUAAGCGCAAGCGGGGCUGGGACUGUGAAAUGGCAGCAGGUUUCCGAGGAUUUAGUUCCUGUAAAUAUCACGUGCAUUCAAGAUUCGCCAGAAUGUAUUUUCCAUAUUACCGCGUACAACAGUCAGGUGGACAAAAUUUUGGACGUACGAUUGGUACAACCAGGUACACGGAUUGGACAAGCGUCAGAAUGUUUCGUUUAUUGGAAAGACACGAUGACCAACGACACAUGGGGAUUGAAUUUUACCUCUCCGAUAGACGCUAAACAAUUCAGAGAAUGUUGCUCACCGUCGUUCAAGAUUUCAAGGAAAGCGUCCUCUUCUUACUCGUUGAAGCUCGAACCGCCUAACAAACAAAAGAUCAAGACACGGAGAAAGCCUUUAUCGACACCGGCAUCACCGAGCAGAUCCAGGGAGCCCCAAUGCACUUGCAUGACACCGGAACAACUCGCCAGAUUUCGAAGCCAAGAAGCCAGAUACCGAGGUUUUUGCACUACCUCUACGCUUCCACGAACGAUGGCGCGAUCGACCGAGGUGGAGAUGACGCCGGGUCGCGAUAAAAUAACAGCGGCAACGUCCAGUGCCUCCCUCUACGACAACGUUAACAACGCGAACGUGACGCCGGGAAAAACGGCGAAAGCAGGGGAAUCGAAGCAAAAGGAGAAACAGAACGAGACAUGUCAGACAACGCCAAAGACGGCGAACGUAGGCAUCGAAACUGUCACCGUUGGUUCGCAAAUCGAUAGCCCGGAAGAAAAAGGCGCUGCGAUAUCACCGAAAAAAGGUCAAAAGCAAAGUCAAGACUCGUCUACUCAACAAAAUGGUAGCGAGAUGCUCAAAUCAGAAGGUACACAAGCAGGUGGCACGUUACAAAAUAAGUCGUUGCGAAAAGAGCAAUUACAUCAUACGAAGUCUGCCGAUUACACAGACUUGGAGAUGCAAAACGGCAAUAUUUUCAACAUAGUGAAUAAUAAUCACAGUGGGAAGAAAUCGAAAAGCAAGAGUACGGACGAUAUGAGAAUCGAGAAUGCGCAAAACGGUGGGAUUAGUUUAGAUUCGAACACGUUGAAACGUAUGCUGAAACCCAUGCCGAGUAUCGAUAGCCCGGUCACGUCCCCAGAGAUGACGAGAAAAAGGCAUAGCCAUCAUAAUUAUCAUUAUCAUCCGAGCAAUAAUAAUCAGAAGUACAUCAUGCAAGAGACUGAAAACGAAAAUUGCGCCCAUCUGUAUCGACCAACGUAUAAUAACAAGUUCCAGACGACUAGAAGCGUGCAUGACAUGGGACGUCAAUACGCCGGCGGGAGAGCCAGGACCUAUUUAGAUUCGGAACGUAAUCGAUGCACAGGUGAUAUGUCGCCGCCAUCGGAUAAUGUCAUCUUCGAUAAUCAGUGUUACGCGACCACGCCGAGUUCCUCCAAUGGAAACUCGGAUAUGGAGCAACCGACGCACUGCAAUUCCCGUCGUUGCAACGGUAGCCAGGCUUAUCAACAGCAGAACAUGCAAUCGGUAUCGACCCCCGGAAGCCCUACCAGCAGGCUAUUGCUCGAGUACGAGAUGCAUCUGAGGAACACACUUGCCAAGGGUAUGGACGCUGAGAGUUACAGUUUACGCACUUUCGAGGCGUUGCUCACUCAAAGCAUGGAGGAUUUAGAAUUCGCGAAAAAUAUACCGUUGAACACUCAACGUACGCCUCACGUUUCACGAAGACGUUCAAGUUCCAAUAAAUCGUCGACGUUACCGUUGUCGUAUCGUUACGAAAGGCAGAAUAGCAAGGACAGGGACGGUUAUUACAGCGAUCGUAACGAAAUGAUCAGGGAGAAGAGGGACAGGGAAAUCGAUCGGGAUCGCGGAUACCUCAGCGAUUAUAAUUCGAGAUGCACCAGCUGCGUAGGGGAGUCCGCACGCGCGCAAUGGUUUCGACAUUCGGACGGAUGGCAAUCCGGCAGUUCGACCCUCGGCUCCGGCGCCUCAAGCUCGAUAAAUCCGAGCUACACGGGCCACAAACGGGACUCCCCCUGGGACUCUUUGCCAUCGUUGAGACACGAGGGCAGCCUUAACGACAGCGGAUACAAAUCGAAUCGGACCGAUUCUUUGGAGCAAAGAGGCACUUUCGAUAGACAGGACAGCGUGAGAUCGGAUUAUAUGUCCGAUCGGGAUGGCAGAUACGGAAUUGUUCAACAAGCUUCCCUGGAGAGCACAGACUCGAGAAUUUGCUACUUGACGUCCUCAGAGAUGUCAGACGACGAUAAAAUGUCCCUAACUACCGCGGUUAGCGACGACGACGACGGGGAGAGCGUGAUAAAUUCGCCCUAUCGAGGGAAACAGACUGGUACAGCCGCUGCGUCGUUCAAUUGUACGGGGGCGGUACGAAAAGCUGGAUUUCUAAGCGUGAAGAAAUGGCUGUUACGAAAGAAGCAUCAGAUCGAGCUAGCGAGGAAGAGGGGUUGGAAAGGUUACUGGGUUUGCCUGAAGGGGACCACGCUCCUCUUCUAUCCUUGCGAAUCCCAAGAAAGUAGAACCAUGGAGGCGGCGCCCAAGCAUUUGAUCAUAGUCGAUGGCGCGAUAAUGCAACCGAUCCCGGAACAUCCGAAGAGGGACUACAUAUUUUGCUUGAGCACCGCUUUCGGCGAUGCUUAUUUAUUUCAGGCUCCGUGUCAAGUGGAACUCGAGAACUGGGUGAACAGUAUACAUUCGGCUUGUGCAGCCGCGUUUGCGCGUCAUCGUGGUAAAACUGGAACCCUUCAUUUAUUGCAGGAAGAAAUAUUUCGCUUAGAGAAAGCGAUAGAAUCGGACCACAAAUUGAAACACAUGGCAGAUCUUCAGCAAUCCGUCGUGUCUGACGUGGAGACGAAACAGCAGAUCAACAAUCAGAUUGUUCAGUGGGAAGAAAAUUUGGAGAGACUUCAUUGCGAACAAUUCCGACUCAGAUGUUACAUGGCCAGUUUACAAAGUGGCGAAUUACCAAAUCCAAAGAGUUUAUUGACGCACGUGUCCCGCGCCACGAAGCAGACGUUGAACAAAUUAGGGGUUUUCACCGUGUCGUCGUUUCACGCUUUCAUAUGCGCGCGGAGCCCUUCCCUAUUGAACAAUCUGUUGGCGGGACGAGGGGCUACCAAGAGAAGGCCGCCAUUGUUGUCGAGAUCCAACAGCGGAUCGAGCAGGAGAUCCCUUCAAAUUUCGUCCAGAGAUGAUGAGAAGACGGUGAAGGUUUUCGUGCCAGAAAAUCAGCUGGUAUCCGUAUUUGUGCGCGAUGCUAUGACAGUGGAAGAAUUCCUCGCAAGCGCUUGCAACAGAAAGAAUCUUAAUCCAAUGGAACAUUUCGUUCGCGUGAAAAAACGCCGCGACAUGGAAGAUCAUAAUUAUUUCGUACCACAUAGAACCGACUUGAUAGAAACAUACUUGCACACGCACGAAGUGGUCGAGGUAUGCGCGAAGAUCCUGUAUCAAGUGGAGUUGCAAAGGAACACUCUUGAACAAAUGUGGGGAUUUUCGGUGGAGGCGGAGUUGAUCGAGAAUUCCGAUCGACAGGACGAGCUGUGCUGUUACGUCAGCAGGGUCGAGGAUAAGAGCGUAGCAAUGCAGAAUGGUAUCAUUAAAGGUGACGAAAUCAUGGUGAUCAACGGCGCGAUAGUGAGCGACCUGGACAUGAUGUACCUGGAAAGCGUGUUGCAAGAGGAGGUCGGUUUGUGCAUGAUGAUGAGAUCCUCGAGGACCGAGCCCCCGGAUCUCACGGGGAUAAUGAGAGUGACCGACGACAUAAUCGAGAGUUUGGUUUGCCCACCGCCACCCUCCGACCCGCCUGUUAUAAGCGAAGAAAUGAUCUCUGGGUUAAUCGUUCCGGCUCCUGGAUGGAGCAAAGAAAGUAUCAUGCAGGAGUGCACGACGACAUCUCACAUGGAGAAUGGCAAACAAACGUCUCGGACGAAUUCGUUCGAGAUAGAGAAUUUGUUAAAAACGGCGGAACAAGUGACGGGGAUCUGUCGAUCGCCUGGUGAAACGCGAAAGUCGAGCCCAACCGGAAGCGUUGUUAGUUCUCAUUCCCAAGCUUUGACGCCGAGCAGGCAGCUGAGCGACGCUGAGAAACUGAAGAAAGUUAUUCUAGAAUUAAUUGAGACUGAACGUACUUACGUGAAGAAUUUAAAUAAUUUGUUGGAGAACUACUUAGAGCCCCUUAAACGCGAAACCUUCCUAUCGAAUGCAGAGAUAAACGCAUUGUUCGGGAACAUACAAGAGAUUGUUACGUUUCAACGGCAAUUUCUACAAAAUCUUGAUCACGCGAUCGAGAUGGAAGCUGAUUUCAAUAAUUUCGAUCAUCCUAGUCAAUUUAAGGGUGUCCUGUUUUCCAUUGGAAGUGCCUUCUUGUAUUACGUAAAUCAUUUCAAGUUGUACAGUUCGUUUUGUGCUAGCCACUCAAAGGCGCAAAAGGUUUUACAUCCAAAUGAAGGAAAUCAAGCUUUACAAGAGUUCCUGCAAGCGCGAAAUCCAAGGCAGCAACACUCGUCGACAUUAGAAUCGUACUUGAUUAAACCUAUUCAACGAAUAUUGAAAUAUCCUUUGCUCUUGCAACAACUUCGAAAUCUCACCGACGAAAGGAGCGAAGAACACCAACAUUUGAUCGAGGCUUUGAAAGGUAUGGAAAAAGUAGCAGAGCACAUAAACGAGAUGCAAAGAAUUCACGAAGAAUAUGGAGCUAUCUUCGAUCACUUGUUCAGGCAACAUCAAAAAUCUUGCAAGCAGCCGAUCGAUUUAAGCCCAGGAGAUCUUUUGUAUUAUGGAGGUGUCGAGUGGCUCAAUAUUUCCGACUUUCUUGGUAAAAUCAAGAAAGGUCUGGAACUGCACGCGAUGUGUUUCGUUUUCAAAUCUGCCGUCGUAUUCCUGUGCAAGGAAAGAUUGAGACAGAAGAAGAAACUUAUGGGAGUAUCGACAAAAGCGAACUCCAGCGAAGUGGAGAUAAUACGUUAUCAAGUGUUGAUUCCUGUAACGGAAGUGCAAGUUAGAGCCAGCUCCGCCAAAGACAUGGAGUCUCAUUUCUUGUGGGAAUUGAUCCAUUUAAGAAGUCAAUUACAGAGAAGAUCGGAGAAAGUAUAUGUGCUUUCCAACAGCACAACGGAAUUCAGGAACGCGUUUUUGAGGACGAUACGUCAAAUUAUUCGAGAAUCGGUCCGGAACAUGAGCAUACCGUCGACGAAACAAAAUCUUAGCCAACCACCGAUCAGCAUUUCCCCACGAAUGUCGACCGGCCAUGUGGAGAAAUUCGAGAAACAGUCGGCUGGAACGAGCCAGGUGGGGCAAAACGGUGGCAACGGUGGUAGUGGGGCGGCCACGUUGUCCAAGAAGAAACAGCAAUUGUUGACAACGUCGCACAACGUGAAGCGAAAAUACAGCCAAUCGAAACAGGCUGUGGAGCACGAGAGCUCCGAGGAUAAGGACAACGAGGAGGCAGGGGCCUCGGCCAUUAACCAACAGCAAACGACAUUUCGCUCCCGGAGCAAGACCAUAAGCGACACAUCCGGGGAGAUAAAGGUCGAGAUGGACUCGGGGACGAAAUCGGAGGGUGAGGAAGACUCGCAAGCUUUUUUAGGUGAGAAGAAGGCGAAUUUGGGCCGUACGCCGAAUCAUUUGACUUUGAGCACCACUUCGACAAUUUCAGCAGGAAGUACGGGUAGUCAAGCGAGAUUGAUCCAAUCUUCUCAUCAACCGGAAAAUUAUCAACCGAUCACGGUCAAGGAACUUGGUUCGCCGAUUUGGAAACCGCGGGAAUUACCCUCGUUAGGUGAGUCCACGACGUUGCCACGUAAGGGUAAGUCGGCGAGCGAGUUUGGGGAUAUAAGCUCGUCUCAUAGCGCCUCCCGAAAGUCUCUCAUAGAAAUCAAUAAUUGUGCUCAACAAUCUAACUGUAAUAACCACGUUUAAAUUAAAAGAAAGGAAAGAGAAAAAAAAAAGAGAAAAAAAAAUAGAUGUUAACUGAUUGACAAACCAUCAAGGUUAAGUUUAAAAAAGAGGGGGAAAAAAAAAAGAAAAAAAAAAAAAAAGAGAAAAUACCGUGCAACAAAGUAAAUAACUAUUCGAUUAUCGCGUAAAAAAAAAAUUGUAAAGACUUAACUUAGCGCUCGCUUGCCGCCCACGCGGAAUAGUUAAAAAGACAAAAAAAAAAAAAAAAAAAAAAAAAGAAAAAAAGGAACUAUUCUCGCCCCUGUACGCGUUUCCCAACACACUAACACACCAACUUCCGCACCACAUCUCCUUCUCGUUUUUUCGUCUUCCAAACGCGCUACGCGUUGAUAUAUAUGUAUAAAUAUAUAUAUAUAUAUAAAAAAAAAAUUAAUAAUAACAAUAAAAAAAAAUGUCGUUGGUGCUACUCCUCUGUACAACGAACGAUAUUCAAUUGUUUGACAGGAGAGAAUCUUAAAGAAGGGAGAGAACUUUGCUUUUAGAACUUGUGCGGGAAACAAACACACUUCCCUCGCAAUCGAUCGAACGACCGAAGAAUGUUUUCGAUACACGCAUGACUUUAUUAUGCGCGAGUGAUGACAAUUUCAAAGUACUUUACGUUCUUACGCCGGCUAUAUCUUAAUCUUUCAUCCGCUAUUGGAUAGACGCAUCGAUCAGUUUAUUGUCGCGUUUUAUCGAUAUUAUAUGUAUCGAUCGAAAAAUCGAAUCAUCGGUUACAGUGAUAAAUUGCCAUAAUAUAGGCGUGGUGCACAUUCUUGUCCAUAAAUCUGCCUAUGUAAUAAAUCUUGAACGUAAUAUUUAUUAAAAAUAUCACUGAAAGAAUAAUUUUUCAUUUCGAACAAUUCUAUCUUCUAAAUACAAAAUUCCUUUUUUAUCUAUUUCGAGAUUUAUCGACGGGAAAAUGUGCACACGUGCUAGGGAGUAAAACGAAUUUAACGAAAUUUGCGAGAUUUUAUCUAUUGAUAUUAUCACACACAUCGAUCAUUAUCGCCACUACCAACGCUGUUGCCGCAUCCCGUUAUUACAACCACAACUAUACUAACAUCUUCGACUUCAACCACUACACAAUUACUACGGUUACUACUAUAACUACUGCUACUAUCGCUACUACUAUCGCUGCUGCUGCUAUUACUACUUCUGCGAUUAUUGCUGCUCCUGCUGUUUACAACUUAUUGCAUGCCAUCCGUACAAGCACGUACGAAGCGAUUUUCGUUUAUACCUCGACUCUCGUCUCGAUUGUAAUUAUUUCACGAUGUUUUCUUUUCUGCGUGGACGGCAAUGCGACACCACGUAAUAAUAAAACUCUGUAUAUAAUGUAAUAUUGAUGCGAUCAAUAUUGUCAUUAUUAUUAUUAUUUAUUAUUUAUUAUUAUUAUUAUUAUUAUUAUUAUCGUCGUCGUUGUCGUUACUAUGAUUAUCGUUGCGCAUACAGUAUUCAUGUUAUCGUAUAUUAUAUCAAUCAUCAAGAUUCUUUUUUAAUCGUUAUUUUUGUUGUUAUUAUUAUUAUUAUUAUUUAAUUAUUAUUAUCUCUAUUUAAGAUUAUCAUUAUUUUUUAUUCUAAUUAUUU